CCCUAAAAAGAGGAUACCCUACGAUCAACGCGCGAAAGUGGAAGUGCUAAUAGAGAAAGGAUCAUCUAUAUAUGCAUACCUAUAUCCUUUAUAUGCUGUAGCGUAUACUAAAUAUUUGGAAUACCAGAUUUCAUUUGGAUACAUCACAAAAAUUUUAAUUCCCAAAAUAAAAGUGAAGAUGCCACACCAUCGACUGUCUGCCCUGGGCCUGGUGCUACUCUCCUUCCUCCUGCAGCUGCAGUCGAUCCGAGCGGAUGUCGGCUACCACUACGACAGACCCUCGGCGCCGUCGGCACCAGCCUCCAUCUAUUCCGGACAUCAGUUUAGAGCCUUGCCCACGAUCCAUCCGCUGCCACCGAUUCCGUCGCUGCCGGCCCUGCCCACCGCUCGAGUUCCGAUACCCAGGAUUCGCCCCACUGCUCCCGCUGCCGACAUUGUGAGCCACUAUCUGCCACCAAAGCCAACGGGACCCAUUGUGUCCACCUACCUUCCGCCGCCUGUGGCAGCGCCAAUUUCCUCCAUCAGCUUCCACGGCCAGACACCCACUCUGAGGCCCGUGUACGGUCCCCCAGGAUACGGUUUCUCCCAGCCUCUGGCCCCCACUGCCUCCACGCCCAUCGUGGUGCCCAGCGGCCCGGGACCAGUGUCGGCAGGAGGACCACCACUGCGCAUUCCCUUCGGCAAGCAGGCUCUGAUUUCGCCCGGGGAAUCCUACGUAGCCAAUGGCAGGCAGCUGAAGCAGUACGCCGUCAUCGAGAUCAUCGACAACGACAUCGACGAGUCGCCAGCUCCGUUCCUAUCGAGCUCCAGCUUCUUUGAUCGCUUCGGAGCACAUUUGGGGGCAUCUUCUGGCCCCAGUAAUGGCGUUCAGUUGGAUUCGAGGGCCAAUUCCUUGCUCCUUGAGCAGCAGUCCCUUUCUAUCCAGCCACGUUCACAGGGCGGUCAGGGAGAUGCCAUCGCUCUCGGUUCAGGAGGUCUGGGCUUCGUGCGCUUGGCCAAUGGCAAUGUCUACCUGGGAUCUGGCUCCUUGGGUUACAUCAGCGGUCAGCAGCGUGUGGCCUCUGUCCUGGAUGCCCGCACUCGAUCUGAUUCCACGCCCGAUGCCCUACACUUUGGCCACGGUCCAUUGGGGGGAGCGGAGAACUUUCUGAGGUUCAAGUAGAGGCUGCUGCGGGUCCAAGGACUCGCUUCCUUAUUCCCUUUUCGCUGUACAAUACAACACACACACACAAACACACACACACACACACACACACACGCACAUGUAUAAUUAUAUAUAUAUUUUAUUGUAAAUAUGUAAUAAAAGUUCUCCUUCCUUUGUUUAGAAUGUAAGAUUGCCGAAGUUAUUUGAGAUUCUUGUACAUUUUUCCUAUGCAAAACAUCGAAACUUGAUCAAAU